ACCUGCUCUACUGGACCUUCUUCCUUCUGUGGACUUUUACCUCUGCGGAUCUUUGACAGAACACAUCUGGAUGUUUGUUUGCACCUGGCUUGACACUUGUGGAAAGUUUGAGACUUUGAAUAGACUUUUCUGGACUUCAGUGGGAGAGAGACGUCAAGAUGUUCUGCUCCAAGAGAGUCCUGCAGCAAUGGUGCUUCGCUCUCUUCUUGCUCUGCUCUCCGGUGCCUCACGAUGGAAGACCCAUCGAUGCUCUCAGCAACAGAAUAAAGCGCUCUGUGACUCACGCCCAGCUGAUGCACGACAAAGGCCGAACGAUUCAAGAAUUGAAACGGCGCUUGUGGCUGCAAGAGCUCCUGGAUGAAGUUCACACGGCGGCCAUCCGAGACCUUCCUGUGCGGCCUCCGAGCAGUGCAGGCGGGAGCAGCAGCGGGGGCGGAGUCGUGCUGCCCGGUGUCGGGAUCAGCCUCAAUCCGAGCACCACAGGAAGCACCAUGCACUCCAAACCUCCUGGAGGAACGAAGAACCUUCCCAUCAGCUUCCAGCUGGAGGAGGAGGAGGAGAGCACCAACCUCCCUCAGGAGACCAACAAGUCCCAAACCUACAAGGACAGUGUCCUCAAGUCAUCGGGCAAGAAGAAGAAGAAAGGGAGGUCAGGGAAAAGGAGAGAAGGCGAGAAGAGGAAGCGACGCGCGCGAUCAGUCGGGUGGAGGCUCGACGACGACGACGACCCUGGAAGUGGACUCCGGCUAGAAUGGAAGUCACUGCUCGGCCUGAGGAGGGCGCUGCAUUGAACGCUGUCAGUCUCUGACGAAGAAACCUAUGGACAAUCGGACUCCUAGAUACUCACAUUGCAGAUGUCUGUAAUGGUGAUUGUUUGGAAAGAAUUGGAAAAAAAGUAUUUAUUGUCUGUAAAUAUUUUUAAAUAUAUCAGAACAAAUAGCAGAAUAUGAUUAGAAACCUAUUUGAUGCUCUGUGGGCGACAGAUCUUUGUGAAACCUUGCUUUUUUAAUUGCGGUAUGUCUGACAUUUUCUUUUUUUUUUUUCUUUUUUUUUUUCCAGUAAUUUAUUAUGUCUGAAUGGUGUAUUUAUUUUGUAAAUGUAUCGAGGUGCUGCUGACCUACUAUAUUUUUGUACCAUAAUGCACUUUAGAUAUCUGAAUAUAUAUAUAAAUAUAUAUACCAUUAAUUUUGUUUGUUUUUUUGUGGAUGACUGAAAUGAAGAAGAAAAAAAACACAAAGGUUGUCAUUGUGUGUUGUUUAUUUUUCCCUUCACUCAACCAUGCAAAAUCAAAUUCUCUUCCUUGCUGCUGUUUAUUUUGUUUGCGACUUAUUGUCAAGUGUUCUGUUUCACCCCCACUCACUCUGCUUCUCAAUGCCAAAGUUCAUUUUUGUACAUAGAUCAAACCCAUUGGAUGUUGUUGCACUGAGAUGAACACCUGUACUGAACUGAUUAAA